AUGGGAUUAACAAAAGACUACCUUCGUUUUGUUUAUGGAGGCCGAUGUAAUAUUGUUUCUUCCCAAAAUGGGAUGAUAGAAUCAGUCGACAAACUGCACUGUGCAGUCGUUACUGGAGAAGCCGUGACGAUUUAUAACUUGAGGACUCUGGAGAAGGUAUUUGUCGGCUUGCGUAUAUUAUUUUUUGCUGUUUAGGCUGCUGAAUUAAGAAGAGAAGGCAAAGAAGUCACUGCGUUUAAGUUUAGCGAUGACAGGAAAAUGGUGGCCAUUGGCUAUGCUGACGGAGAAAUUCAUCUUUACAGAAAGACGAAAAGCGGUACGUGUUAUUAAUUUUUCGAGUAAAUUAUGUUUCUUGUUAGGUUACGAAGAUCCUAUUGUCUUUAAUGGCCAUAAAACAUCAGUGAACUGUAUCGCCUUCAGUCAAGACGGAUUUACAUUGGCAUCUGGAGGUAGAGAUUCUGUGAUUGUUCUUUGGGAUAUCUUGAAUGAAUCUGGUCUCCAUCGUCUUUCUGGGCACACUGCCACCGUAACACAUCUGCAGUUUACGCAAGACGACAAAUUCUUGAUUUCUAGGUAGGUUUGUAAGGAUUAUUAUAUGUUUUUAGUUCCAAGGACACGCAAGUGAAAUUUUGGGAUUUGGAUUGUCAGAGUUGUUUUUACACAUUGGCAGACAGUGUAACAGAGGUUUACACAUUUGCUCUUUUAAAGCAAGGUCGGCUGUUGAUUGUGGGGUCUUCCAAUAUGGAAAUGGAGGUGUAUGAAUUGAUAUGGGCUGAUAAAGAGAAGGAUGAUGAAGAUAACGAGGAGCCGAAUGCCAAAAGGGUUACUUUGAUAGGAACCGAAGCUUUCAAUGAGGAGAAUAACCAAGGAAAUGUGAGUAGUUUUGAUCUCGUUAUUAAUUCAAUUUCAAUUUUUUUAGGAAGUUGUGACUGUCAAAAAACGAGGGAAUUUACUACGAAGGGCAAAGGGCCGAGCUCUUCAGUUGGUCAAAACUCCAGAUGAAUCAUUGAUUUGCUGUUUGGUAAGGAUAUUUACUGUUUCUUGUUAUUCUUUUAGGGAUCCGAUACUCUGAUCGAUGUGUUCCGAGUGUUCACGACCGAAGAAUCGAAGAAAAGGCUGAAGAAAAAGCUGAACAAUGCUAAGAAACACGAAAGGUAAGCCGAAAUAAUGCAAAAUAUGCUGCUUUAGUGAGAACAAGCCGACUGAAAACGAGAUUUCACGAGACCUUUCCGUCCUUUUGCAACAUGUUGGUACUGUUGAAACGACUUACAAAGUAAAGUGGGCUGACUUCUCAUCACAAGUGAAGUCAAAUGAAGGGAAGCGUGAGUAUAGGUUGUUUACUCUACUCAAGAACAACACUGUUCACGGUCAUCUGGUUGAUUUGGAGGUGAAACAAAAUGUGAUUCAUUCAGAAUCUGUUGUAAACUUGGAUCAAGUCAGUUCCCGUUACUUUUUGCAAAUGCCAUAUUAUAGAGAGGUCAUCGUACUGACGUCAGAGCGUUGGCUGUUACCAAUAACAAUGCUGCUUUUGUCUCUGCUGCGUCUGAAUCCGCGAUUCUCUGGGAUAUGGCCUCCUUGAUGCCUGUGAAUACCUUCUCUGAUCCCCAGAUGAAGGACAUCUUGAGUGCAAUUUUCUCUCCAAAUGACAAACAGGUUAUUUUUGGAACAAAAGAUGGCUCUCUUUUCUUGUUUGAUGUUCCUACUUGUGAAUUGUUAGACUCACUGAAGAAAGUGCAUGAUGGGGCCAUCUUCUCCUUGUGUCCUCUUCCUAAUGGCCAUGGGUUUGUCUCGGCUAGUGCUGAUAAAAAGGUUCUGUUCUGGAGGUAUUCGGUCAUCACAGAAUACGAGAGGUAACUGUUCAUUUAUUUCUAUAUUUCUCGUUUAGAAAAAGGUUGACGUUCAGACAAGAGAGGUCAUUGGAAUUGUCUGAUGAAAUUUUAUGCAUGUGCAUCUCUCCCAAUUAUAAGUUUAUUGCGUUCGGGCUCUUGGAUAACACAGCCAAAGUCUAUUUCCUGGACAAUCUGAAGUUCUUUGUUUCUUUAUAUGGGCAUUCUCUUCCAGUGACUUGUCUUGAUAUUAGUCCAGACAGUAAAUUGAUUGCAACAGGUUCAGCCGACAAGAGUUUGAAGAUAUGGGGACUCGAUUUUGGAGAUUGUCAUCGCUCAUUGUUCGCUCAUGACGACACGUAAGUUAUACUAAAGUGUUAGUAUGUAUGUUUAGUGUGACUUGCGUUAAAUUCAAUAAGGACUUAGAAGAACAGUUAGUAUGGUCCGCUGGGAAAGAUGGAAUGAUAAAGCAAUGGAAUGCAAAGAAAUUCGAUCAAGUUCAGAUUUUGGACGGCCAUUUUGGAGAGAUUCGAGCUCUUGAAUCCUCAUCAGACGGCCGAACUUUGGUAAGUUUUAUUUAUGAUGUCGGAAAGGUGUGUAGAUUUCGGCUUCUCAUGACAAGGCAAUCAAAUUGUGGGAAUUGAGCGAUGAAAUUAUAAUGCCUGCCGAAGAAGAGGAACGGCUCAGAGAGAAGGAAGAUCUGGAAAAGAUUGUGGAUGCUGAGGACAUUGUGCCUGGCGAGAAUCCGGAUAAUAAAGUCGACAUGGCUUCCAAAAAAAAUAUUAGUUCCGUAAAAGGAGCGGAAGCUAUACUGGAUGCGGUUCAGAUCUACAGAUCAGAGCUUGUCUCGGCUGCGGAAGACCCGAAACACAAACCGCAUACUCUAAUCGAUGCCUACGGUAGUGAAAGUGUUGAUCAUUUCAUCCUGGACGCUAUUUCCAAGAUCAAUUCAACUCACCUGGAGCGAAGUUUGUUGUUGGUUCCGUUUGAUUAUGUCGUGGAUAUUCUGUCGGCUCUCAACAAAUGUGUGUCUCGCCAUUAUCGGCUUGAACUCGCUUCCAGAGUCAUCCUGUUCUUGUUCAAGUACGUUUUUUGAUCUCUGCCUCGAUAACUAUAUCCUUUUAGGGUGAAUCUAAACCAACUGACGGCCCAGAAAGAGCUGCUUCCAUUCCUGUUGGUCAUUCAGAAGUCUCUUCCAAAGUAUAUCAGAGAAUCCUCGGUAAUACUCGCUAAUUCUUACUAAACUUUUACUUUUUAGGACAUUGUAAACUUUAAUCUUUCUGCCCUCCGUCUACAUAAGCUGUCCAUUGAGGAAAGAGAACAAGUAAAACUAUUCAGAAAUAUCCAAAAACCGAAGAAGACGAAGAAGGCUAUAGUGAAACCAGUUGUUUUAUAAUGAAAUCCAACCUGUUAUUUGUUAAUCCCACUUUGUUGAUUUUGUUGUUGAUAAAUCCGUUUCCAGUUGUUUUCACAGCCUUGUAGAGGACGGGGAAGCCCCUUUCCGAGCUUUUUUACUUUUAUUCCCUUUCUUGGGCUCUUUUCUGGCCGUUGGGGGGAAUUUUUUAUUCAGACUUUUUUGGAACUAGAGUAUUGGACAUGCUAAAAAUAAAAUGUCAACUUUAACUCCAACGGCUUUUAGCCUGUUGGAAUGCACCGGAAGAUGAUAUUCGGUAAGCAAACGUAUAUGAGGUUUCAAUUUUUAGAUUUCUGA